AUGUCCAGCAAGAAGUGUGAGCCGCCGCCUCAGGAUUCGCUUGCAACGCCUCAAAAGGCCACCUUUCUUCGCGUGGGCCACAAGAACCACUCCCAAUGGAAUGCCCUCGGAUCAGCAUCGUUCGUCCUGAUCUCGGGCGGCAUGAGCUUGGCCUGGGGUGCUGGAUUUGCAGUACAUUCCUCCCAUCGAGAUCAACUCCUGCUCAGUGUGCACAUGCAAGUCGCCUGGUAUGCUACCGCCAUCCUGGGAGCACUUUUCGGGGCAUUCUACACCCACCGACUGCCACAGCAACCGAUCUAUAUCUUUGGCUCCUGCCUGGUUAUUGCCUCCGGAAUACUAUUCCUAGCAUGGCCGGAAUCUCCGGGAGCCAUCAUAGCCGCCCGAUAUCUAGAUGGUUUAGCCAACGGCCUAGUUUUUGUACCAGCCCUAAGUACAGUAGGUGAGAUUGCGGUUAGCGAGAUACGUGGACUUCUGGCAUCCUCGGUAGAGCAACUCAGCUCAAAUACUGGCAUCCUGAUGCAGUUGAUCUACACGGCUGUAUGGCAGGUGGACUGGAACGUGGUCAUUGUGGCGGAUCAGGUGCAUGGAGUACUUUCUAUAAUCUACGGGGUAAUAGCCUUGGCUUUAUCCCUAACCGUGUGUGUGGAGUCACCUGUACACCUGCUGAUGAGAUCCAAUGAGCAGAGAGCCAUCGUUGCCCUGAGACACCUGCAACGUCCCUAUAUGGUGACCAGUGAAACGCUACUAAGAUUGGAUGAACAUAAACUGUAUGUGGCUGCCAAUCGGGAGAUGUGUUUGAAGGAGAGUCUACAGAAAGGGUUCCCAUCGCUCCUCAAACUCUUGGCACUCCGAUUGCUGGGCAUUCUGAGCCUGAACUAUAUCAUUUGCAGUGGUCUUUACGAAACGGCCAGUCAGUUUAUGAGCAGCUUUCAUGCCUGGAUUUAUGUGGUUUUCGGAGUGCUGCGGUGGUGCGGCUGCUUUUUUGUGGUGCUUCUAAUGGACACCACUGGUCGGAAGAAGCCCACUCUGUUCGGAACCUUCUCCACCGGUGCCUUUGCCAUUGCCUAUGCAAAUUUAUUCGGCAGAACUCCUCACAUGAUCACCGCUUUGGUGAUGUUCUUCAGUCUGCAAUUCUUCGCAGGAUUGGGACAAUGUGCCUCGGCGGUUUAUCUCACGGAAGCAUUUCCUCUGGGCAUAAAACCACAUUUGGUGGCGGUCGUUUACACAGUGGAACUAAUCACGCGACUACUACUAUGCAGCUUUGCACCAUCGAUCGUUGGGAUUACCGCCUACUUUCAUGUCCUGGGCACACUUUCCAUGGUGCUAUUUCUUCUGGGAAUCUUCUGUCUGCCGGAAACUAGACUUAUAACCUUGGCAGAGGCACAAGUUAAGUUUUCCAAAUGGUUCAAUAAAGAUUUUUGAGUACAUGGCAAGGGGGUAAUAAAGAAAGAUAAGAAUGAA